AUGAAUCAUCUUUUUUCUUUGUAUAACUUCUUUUUCUUGGAUUGGUCUGUCACUAAUCAUGUCUUACAGAAUAAAGGAAAAGAGAAGGAAGUUAUUGUUGAGGGUAUGAGUAUUUCAUCCUGGAAACCACCAAGGGAAGGAUUUGUGAAGUUGAAUACUGAUGGAGCUUGGAAAUCAAGCGAUAUAGCUGGAGGUGGAGGCAUGUUUAGAAGUACAACUGGUUCAUGGUUUGUUGGCUUCACUAGGAAAUAUAAUAUGCAUUCCUCCAUGGUUGCAGAACUCUAUGCGACUAGGGAUGAACUUAUCAUGGCUAAAGAUUAUCAUUUUGACAAGGUGGAAUUAGAAAUCGAUGCUCUCUCCCUGAAGAUAAUGUUGGAUGUUGUUGAAAAGCAUUCACAUCAUGAGCUAGCUCCUUUUCUUAGAGAUGUUGCUCAGUUAAUGCAGAUUUUGUGCGUCAAGGUCGUGAGGAAUCGGGUUUAA